GGACUACAUUAAAGGGAUACCAGCACAACUCUGGCCUCCUCCCAGAAGCAGCCGGUGCGGGUGCAGGAAAGGCACGCAGAGCCUCCAACCCCAGCCACCGGACACGGCGAGAUUGCCUGGGAGGCGUCUAGGGAUGUUGAUGGCAGGCUGAGCUCUUUUCUCGGACUCCCGGACGCGAGAGUGAUGAGUUUCUGAGCUUUUAAAAGAAGAGCUUCCCCGGAAUCUGUCCUGCUUCCAGACCUACAGCAUCAUGAGGGCUCUGGUGACCCUAGUGUCCCUGCUCCUCCUGGGCGCUCAGGCCCAGCAUGACUGGUCCUACAAAGAGGGGGGCCUGGAAGAAGAGCUCUGGCCGCAGGAAUACCCGGCCUGUGGGGGACACAGGCAGUCCCCCAUUGACCUGCAGCAGAACCAGGUGCGUUUCAACCCGGCCUUGAGGCCGCUGAACCUGACCGGUUACCAGGAGGACCGCCUGGGCCAGUUUCCCAUGAUCAACAAUGGCCACACAGUGCAGAUCAGCCUGCCUCCCACCAUGCGCAUGACGGCCCCCGACGGCACAGAGUACGUCGCAAAGCAGAUGCACUACCACUGGGGCGGCGCGUCCUCAGAGGUCAGCGGCUCCGAGCACACCGUUGACGGGAUCAGGCAUGUGAUCGAGAUUCACGUCGUCCACUACAAUGCUAAAUACGAGAGCUACGACAUAGCCAAAGAGGUGUCGGAUGGUCUGGCUGUCCUGGCGGCCUUCGUGGAGAUCCAGGAGUACGCGGAGAACACCUACUACACCAACUUCAUCAACCACUUGGCCAACGUCAGGUACACAGGACAAAUCACAACUCUGCGAGGCCUCGACAUUCUGGACAUGCUGCCCAGGGACCUCCAGCACUACUACAGCUAUGAGGGGUCACUCACCACCCCGCCCUGCACGGAGAACGUCCACUGGUUUGUGCUGGCAGAUUCCGUCAAGCUCUCCAGGUCUCAGGUGUGGAAGCUGGAGAACUCCUUACUGAACUAUCAGAACGAGACCCUGCACAACGACUACCGCAGGACCCAGCCCCUGCACCACAGGGUGGUGGAAGCCAACUUCCGGUCCUUCCCUAAUCAGCGCUCUGAGUUCAAGUUUUACCUAAACGAGAUCAAUGACAACCUCGAGUACUUGGUAAGAAAUCUUGAACUGAGGAAAGUGAAGGGAAGAAACCGACAUUAGCCAGUUGGAAGCAGCAGCUAGUGCGGGAAGGGUGAACUUUCACUGUGCUUUCGCUGCUUAUCUCCAAGAAAUCCUGCUCCCCUUGUUGAAUUUUUUAUUUAAAUGCCAGAAACCUUGAAUGAAAGGAAGUGAGAUGUUCAAAUGGACAAGAACAGAUUCAAUUUACACAUUACCAAAGACAAUUGAUUGGAAUAGAAAUUUGAGAGAUGAGCCCUAAUCUCUUUUCAAUCAUUCACUUUCAUCUAAAUUACAGAUCACUCUGAACUUCCUUUUAGCAUUUAGAUAUAAUAAAAUUAUUUUGGAAAUUUGUCA